AUGCGGCUGGCAGCAGCCACGGCCCUGACGCUCUCAGCCCCCAUCCCUCCCUCCCCCCCUCCUCAACAGUUCGCCAACCGCUAUGCUGACGGGACCCAGAACGGCGGCAUGUUUGUGAGGGACACGCUGUUCCUGCCGCGCCCGGGGCAGUCCCCGGAACUGCUCAAGAACUUUGUCUUUGGCUGCGCCAAAUACGUCUCGGGGCUGCUGUACAAGCAGUACGCGGACGGCCUGAUGGGCCUGUCUAUGGGCCCCAGCGCCCUGCCCCCCCAGCUCGCCGCCGCCGGCAUCGGCGGCCGCGGGUCGGCCCCUGGCACCUUCACGCUGUGCCUCAGCCGCGCGGGCGGCGCGAUGGCGCUGGGCAAGCCCGCGCGGCCCGCUGGGGCGGCGCCGCUGCAGUAUGUGUUCCUGCAGCCGAGCCCCCGGGGCUUCUAUCUGGUCGGGGUGCAGGGCUUCACGGUCAACGGCGCCCCCCUGACGCUCACAACGCCGGCCUCCCAGACCAUCCUCAUCGACAGCGGCUCCACCUUCUCAUACCUAACGUUCAACACCUAUCAGCAGCUCAUAUCCCAGCUCGACGCCGCCCUCGCGCCCCUGAAGCCGCCGCCCGGGCAGCUUCCCCGCAGGUCCCUGCACCAGGUGUCACAGCGGACGGCGUCGCUGGUGCUGGACUAUGGCGGCAUUGUGGAGGAUGACGGCGGCAACGUCGCAGUGGGCAAGGAAGGGGCGGCGCCGCCCGCGGGGAGCGUUUUCGUAUCCAAGGUUCCGCUGCCCAAGGGCAACGACGACGUGUGCUGGGACCUUACGGGGCCGGGGGCGACGCAAAUAAGGACGGAGUACGACCUGGGAGGCGUGUUCCCCGACCUGGAGCUCACGUUCGCCGGCGGCGUGCCCUUCAAACUUCCGCCCUACCGCUACGUCUUCGUGGCCUCCAAGACCAAGGGCAACGCCAACGCCAAGCCGCGCGUCACCGUGUGCCUCGGCGUGUUCGACGGGAACGACCUGGCCAUCCUCGGGGCGAUCAUGAUGCGCGACACGCUGUUUGAGUUCGACUGGGCCGGGCCCCUCACCAAGCGCGUGGGCUUCACCCAGGCCGACUGCGGGUACCUCGCAAGCGACAUAUCACGCGGCUCGUGA